AUGACAAUACUUUACAUCAGUUAUCAGCUUGCCUCACCGGAAGGGAAAAGCAAGGAAAUAACAUGGCAGGAAUUUAGAACUGCUUUUCUUGACCGAGGCCUUGUCGAGAAAUUAGUCGUUGUCAACCGGAACCGAGUGCGGGUCUACCUUAAUUCCAAUGCUAGUGCCGUCUACCCCGGUACUUCAGGCAACCAGAUCUUUGGUUUCUCGAUCGGAAGCGUUGAGGCAUUCGAGCGAAAACUCGAUGAGGCUCAGGACCAACUUGGUAUCCCCAGUUCUGAACGAAUUCCUGUUGCUUACCAAGAAGAAAUGAGCGUUGUCAAUACUCUCCUUCAUUUCGCACCCACUCUCCUCCUCGCUGGUUUACUCAUCUACAUGUCAAGACGUGCUUCUGGAGCCUCAGGGGGAGGUGGUCCUGGUGGGAUAUUUGGUAUCGGGAGAAGUCGGGCCAAACUCUUCAAUAAGGAGACGGAUGUGAAGGUCAAGUUCAAAGAUGUCGCUGGGAUGGACGAAGCCAAAGUCGAGAUCAUGGAGUUUGUCAGCUUCUUGAAGGAACCUACCAAGUACGAGAAACUUGGCGCGAAAAUCCCUCGUGGAGCCAUUCUUUCAGGCCCCCCCGGUACGGGUAAGACCCUGCUGGCCAAGGCGACUGCGGGUGAAGCAGGUGUACCUUUCUUAUCCGUCUCGGGUUCCGAGUUCGUCGAGAUGUUUGUGGGUGUCGGGCCCUCCAGGGUCAGGGACCUGUUUGCGUCAGCGAAGAAGCAUGCGCCAUGCAUCAUUUUUGUCGACGAAAUUGAUGCUAUAGGCAAGGCGCGGGGAAGAGGGGCAGGUUUGGGGGGGAAUGACGAGCGCGAGUCCACACUUAACCAACUGCUUGUCGAAAUGGAUGGGUUUGGGACGAACGAACACAUCGUAGUGUUGGCAGGUACAAACAGGCCAGACGUAUUAGACCCAGCUCUUCUUCGACCAGGGCGAUUUGAUCGGCAUAUCGCUGUUGAUAGGCCUGACGUUUCUGGGCGUCGUCAGAUCUUCGCAGUGCACCUUCGACCAUUACUCCUUGCCCCAGGCAUCACGCUUGAAGGCAUGGCCCAGAAACUUUCCGUCUUGACGCCAGGGUUUUCCGGAGCUGACAUUGCCAAUGUAUGUAACGAAGCUGCGUUACAUGCUGCUCGUCGCAGUGGAUCGCAUGUUGAAGAAGUUGAUUUCGAUACGGCAAUCGAGCGAGUGUUGGUUGGGUUGGAACGCAAGAGUCGUGUCUUGAGUAAAGAAGAGAAGAAGACGGUCGCAUAUCAUGAAGCUGGACAUGCGAUUUGUGGGUGGUUCCUUGAACAUGCCGAUCCUUUGCUCAAAGUGAGCAUUAUCCCUCGGGGUAUCGGGGCCCUUGGGUACGCACAGUACCUCCCAGCGGAACGAUACCUUCUCUCAACACCGCAACUCCUAGAUCGGAUGUGCAUGACCCUCGGCGGGCGUGUCGCUGAAGAGAUCUUCUUCGACGAGAUCACAACCGGUGCUCAAGAUGACUUGCAAAAGGUCACCAAGUUGGCGUUCGAAGUAUGUGCCAAUUAUGGGAUGAAUGAGGUCAUUGGACCUGUGAGCUAUGGAGGAAAGCGAGGAGAAACGGAACAGUUCCAGAAACCGUUUAGUGAGCAAACUGGUCAGCUGCUCGAUGCCGAAGUUCGAAAAAUGAUCACAAAUGCUCAUAAGCGUACAACCGAACUUUUGACAGCGAAGAAGGCUGAAGUGGAGAUAAUUGCGAAACUUCUGCUAGAAAAAGAGGUCAUUACUCGCGAGGAUAUGGUACGUGAGUUGGGUAAGCGCCCGUUUGAGGGACGUUCAGACGAUAUGGACAAGUACCUUGAUGAGGAGGCCAAACGAAGAGCAGGACGCGAAAGUGCACCUCCACCCUUGGAAGAUACACCUGACCUACCAUCUCCAUCCGUCGCAGUGUCCCCAGUAUCCUCAUUAUAG